AGCAUGAAUGCCUUCUCUUUUGCGAAGAUCCUGUUCGUCAUUGGUGUCACCUUUGCCGCUCCUGUGAUUAACCCUCCUACGACCCCUACUCCAACGACGGUUGAUACGACCGAUGACGGAGUCAUCAUCGAGCCCGUGAAUCCUGCAGAGCGAGACUGCGCCAACUGCGUUUGGUGCAGGAGGGUUGGUAAUAUGUUCGACCACGCUGAAUGUUGGAGGAGCUUAUUCGUGUGCGGCACUUCUUGUGAUAGCUGUUGCGAGGGUUUCUAGAACGUCAUCAAAGUCAACUCCUGUACCAACUUUUUGUACCGCCGUUGCUGGAUAGUGACAUCUUUUGUAUGACCACCCAUCGUGCAUCGGCCCAAUAAUGAUGAUGACGAUCUAUGCUUAUAUUGAUGACCUGUCUCUUUUUUGAUUUGUCUCUUCUCGG